UUUAUCAUAUUUUACGUAAUUAUGUGAUUUUUAGAUUGUUGUUAAUGUUAAAUUAUUAGUAACUAGUGACGUAUAUCGAUAAAUUAUGUACAAUGAAUCUCAUCUUGAAAUAUGUUAAAAGAAAAGUAUUAUUAUAUUGGAUCUUAAGAGUUGGUGUGAUAUGUAUUUUUUUAUCCAUUGGUAUUGUUGCAUAUAUUAUUUUGUUUCCAACAAUUAUUGACAUAAAUUCAAAUGAUAUUCCAAGAUUUUUAGUUAAGACUAGUGCUGGUGAAUAUGAACUUCUCAACGCUAGUUCAUGCCCAAUAGUUGAAGUUAAUGAAGAAACAAGUUUAAUAAACGUGCAAAAAACUGUCAGCAGUAAACAACUUGACUUUAUUAAGCAAUUUGUUUCCUCAGGUGGAGAAUGGAUGCCAAAACAUUGUAUACCUGAACAUCAUACUGCAAUCAUAGUAUGCUAUCGCAAUCGAACAGAACAACUUCAAAACUUUUUAUAUCAUAUGCAUUCAUUUUUACAAAAGCAAAAUAUACAUUAUCAAAUAUAUAUUGUAGAACAAACAUUUGAUGCUGAAUUUAACCGCGGAAAAUUAUUUAAUGUUGGUUAUCGAGAGGUAACAAUGCGAUCUCUAGCUGGAUGUUUUAUUUUCCAUGAUGUUGAUCUAUUGCCAGAAAAUAUCAAUAAUAUUUAUGGUUGUACAAGCUGUCCUAGACACAUGAGUACUAGUAUAAAUGUUUUUAAUUAUAAACUACCAUAUUAUACUAUAUUUGGUGGUGCUAUUUCAAUGACGCGAAGACAAUUUCAUGACAUUAAUGGAUUUUCAAAUGUGUUUUAUGGAUGGGGUGGUGAAGAUGAUGAUCUAUUUAAUAGAGUUUACCAUAGAGGCUAUAGAGUUUGUCGAUAUCAGUCAUAUAUAUCAAGGUAUACAAUGUUAACACAUGAAAAAGAAAUACCAAAUGAAAACAGGAUGAAAUAUCUAAGAAAUGGCCCUAAACGGUUUUAUACAGAUGGUGUUGAUUCAGUUACCUACAAUUUGAUCAAAUAUGAACAAUUACCAUUAUAUACAAGACUAUUGGUCAAUGUUUAAAAUAAAUAUAGAAACUAUAAAACCCAAGAAACCAAAAUGGAACCACAAUGUGAGUAAGACUCAAUCCUUGUUWUAGUAUAUUUUUAUUAUUAAAUAAAGUCAAUAGUAAUAAUAUUAAAUAAUGGAAAUCUUUAUGCGUCUGAAGAUUUUU